AAUGACGAUCUGUCAUUUCGCGGACUCUAACAGCAUUAUCCUUGACAUGUCAAAUUGUUCCAGCUGUCCCUAUUUGAGGUUAAAUAUCUCUUUUUUGUUGAUAAAUAUAACAAUUUACAAUGUCUAAUCAAAAUAAUGCUGGUGGUUUAACAAAUACCGAAGACGAUGAGCUGACUUUGCCUCGGGCUAGCAUUAACAAAAUGAUAAAGGAGUUAGUCCCAUCAGUUCGAGUUGCAAAUGAAGCAAGGGAAUUAAUCCUCAACUGUUGUACGGAAUUUAUCCAUUUGCUUAGUUCUGAAGCGAACGAAAUAUGUAAUCGAUUGGACAAAAAGACUAUAAAUGCGGAACACGUUUUGAUGGCUUUAGAAAAGUUGGGUUUUGGAGAUUAUCAAACCGAAGCUGAAGCUGUUCUUAAGGACUGUAAGGCUGUUGCAGCGAAACGCAGGCGACAGAGCACAAGGUUAGAAAAUUUGGGAAUACCAGAAGAGGAGUUGUUGAGACAACAGCAGGAGUUGUUCGCCAAGGCUAGGCAAGAGCAGGCUUUUGUGGAGCAACAGCAAUGGGAGCAACUACAAGCUGCGGCACAAGCCCAAGCUUCGGCUCUACCAAACAAUGAUGAUGAUUACGAAUGAUUUAUUAAACGCUUUAAAUAUUU